GCGGCGUGGCGCAGCGUGGCGGCGCGAUGCGCGCGGAAGCGGCGCCGCAGCCCGGCGGCCUGGAGCGGUUCGCCAGCGCCGGCAAGGGCCGGGGGCUGCGGGCGCGGCGGCGCUACGCCCUGGGGGAGCUGCUCUUCAGCUGCCCGGCCUACGCGGCCGUGCUCACCGUCAGCGAGAGGGGCGGCCACUGCGACGGCUGCUUCGCCAGGAAAGAAGGAUUGUCCAAGUGUGGAAGAUGUAAACAGGCCUUUUACUGCAAUGUGGAAUGUCAGAAGGAAGACUGGCCAAUGCACAAGCUGGAGUGUUCCGCCAUGUGCGUUUUUGGGCAGAACUGGAAUCCCUCAGAGACCGUGAGGCUGACGGCAAGGAUCCUUGCCAAACAGAAAGCUCAUCCUGAAAGGACAGAAUCAGAGAAGUUUCUUGCUGUAAAAGAGUUUGAAUCACACCUUGACAAACUAGACAAUGAAAAGAGAGAGCUGAUUCAGAACGACAUUGCUGCUCUUCAUCACUUUUAUUCAAAGCACAUGGAGUUCCCUGACAAUGCUGCCCUUGUAGUUCUCUUUGCACAAGUUAACUGUAAUGGCUUCACAAUUGAAGAUGAAGAACUCUCUCAUUUGGGAUCAGCCAUAUUUCCUGAUGUUGCACUGAUGAACCAUAGCUGUUGCCCAAAUGUGAUUGUAACUUACAAAGGGACCUUGGCUGAAGUCAGAGCUGUUAAAGAGAUUGAGCCUGGAGAGGAGAUUUUUACCAGCUAUAUUGACCUCCUGUAUCCCACAGAAGAUAGAAAUGACCGGUUAAGAGACUCUUAUUUCUUUAACUGUGAUUGCAGGGAGUGCAUUACAAAAGAAAAGGAUAAAGAAAAACUGGAAAUCCGCAAGCUGAAUGAUCCUCCAUCAGCAGAGGCAGUAUGGGACAUGAUCAAAUAUGCCAGGAAUGUGAUUGAAGAAUUCAGGAGAGCCAAACACUACAAAUCUCCUACUGAAUUACUGGAGAUUUGUGAGCUUAGCCUGGACAAGAUGGGUGCAGUAUUUGAAGACAGUAAUGUUUAUAUGUUACACAUGAUGUACCAAGCCAUGGGUGUCUGUCUGUACAUGCAGGACUGGGAAGGUGCGCUGCGUUAUGGGCAAAAAAUUAUAAGACCAUACAGUAAGCAUUAUCCUUCCCACUCGCUGAAUGUUGCCUCCAUGUGGCUGAAAUUAGGGAGGCUGUAUAUGGCGCUGGAGAACAGAACGGCUGGAGUUAAAGCCCUAAAGAGGGCAAUUGGUAUCAUGGAAGUAGCACACGGGAAAGAUCAUCCAUACAUUUCAGAGAUCAAACAGGAAUUAGAGGAGCACUGAGCCUUUGAAUCUAUGCAAUCCUUCAAACCUUUAUUUAAAAAGCCUUGUUAUGGAAGCCUUCAGGAGUGCUUUGAAAAUUGGUAGCGUAUGAACACAUUUCUGUCCUAUAAUUGGAAUGACAAACACACUUAGACCUUGCAAGAUGUUUCUAGGUUCCAAAAAUCUGUGAUGCCUUUUAAAAGAAACUUUAUGGUUUCAUAUAGGGUAUGCAUUUUGACAAAUCAUGUGCAAAAAUGACUAAUUUUUCUUUAUGGAUUUUAAUGUGUAUCUAUCUUAUUUGUGUAAAGUAAAUAAAGUGGCCUGACCUCUCUUGCCUUUAGUUAUAUAUUUACAUGAAAGCAGUAGAUGUGUGAUGUCUACUUUUUCCACAGGUGUUUUAUUUAUUCUGGCUAAUUAUUAGCAAAAGCUGAUUUUUUUUUUGUUAAGUAUCAGGGAUCCAGUUUUGUUUGCAAUGGCUUAGCUCGGAGAAGGUUGGAGUGGGGUUGAUGCAUUCUGUGCCCCUUGCAAGAAAGCCACUACCUUUCUCUCAGCCGCUUAACCUGCAGGCCCAACACUGCUUCUGGCAGGUGGGAAUUCAUCUCCGUAAGGACCUAGAGCUCAGUGUGCAUUGCACAGAGAACGCCACCACCUAACUCAGAAGGACUGCACAAGGUAUAAACUGUAACGUCUGCCUUUUUAAUCCUGUCUGCAAGUUAGACUGAAUUUGUUAGAGGAGAGCCUCUGUUUCCUUACAGCAGUGGAUUAGAACUGUUCUAUUAGUUUGUUAGCAAUUACUCUUAAUUGAGGAACAAGAGCUUCUUCAGGGGAAAAAAAUCUAAAGGAACUUAGUUUUCUCUGCACAUACCAAAUGGGGGGGGGGGGAAGACUGCAGUGCCUUUCUGUUUUUUUGGUUUUUUAUUUAUUUUUUUUUCUCCUUCAGUUUAGAUCAGUGACAGGCAAUUGCUUUAAGGGAGAGAUGGCUGUAUACUUUCAGCACUAUACACAGUUGAAGCAUGUAGUUUAAAGCUACAUGACCAUUCCUUUCUGCUGUUAAAGCUUAUGAAGUUGGAUGAGGGAGAUAUAACACAUUGCUAUUGUUCGAGAACUUCAUAUGUUCUUUCUUGUAUCUACUUCUCUGAAAAUAAAAUUGCUAUAGAAUGA